UCGUCCCACCCAUAAUCUGUAUGCAUAUUCUCUUCUGCUUUUUCCUCUCUCUAACCACUAGCCAAAUUCCAUCUCUUCUCACUCAUACUCACUCACUCUCUCAUCAUACCCACUCUGCAGUACGUAUACCUUUUCCGAUGGCUGCCUUUUUGCUUGCCUUCCUCCUCCUCGCCAUGACCGCCCCUCACUCCAGUGGGACAUGGUGUGUGUGCAAGGAGGGUUUGAGCGAUGCAGCGUUGCAGAAGACACUGGACUAUGCAUGUGGAGCCGGGGCGGACUGCAACCCCAUCCAUCAAAGCGCGCCCUGUUUCAACCCGAAUACUGUCCGCGCACACUGCAGUUACGCCGUCAACAGUUAUUUCCAAAGAUAUCGGCAGGCUCCUAUUGCCUGUGAUUUCUCCGGCACUGCUUCCGUCGUCACAUCCGACCCUAGCACGGGUGGCUGUGUGUUCCCUGCUACUGCCAGUGCCACCACCACUCCUGGAACCACAACGAAUCCCAAUGGCGGGUCGCCCCUUGUGACGACCCCUUCCACAAGCACAACGGGAGGGGCUAAUACCGGCUUAGGCCCAUCGGGAGUGAACAACGACAAUAGCGUUGCUGUAAUUCUAGUUCCCCGUUACAUCGUAUUCUGGUUUUCCGUGAUCUUAGCCCUUCUUGGACAUAUGUUCCGGUGGACUUGAGAAAGAUGGUGGGAAUUGUUGGAUGUAUCAAGAUUUUCAUGAUCAAAUGGUGAUAUGGUGAUUUGGAAACAACCUUUGGUUUUUGUUGAUUUCUUCCCCAUCUAAAUAUGGUGAAACAUGAUGGGCUUUUUCUUUGAUUCCUCCUGGAUAUUGUAGUGUAGCAAGUAAUGGCUAUUUUGCCUUGGUACUAUCCAUCUCAAGGACCAUAAUGUACUUGCAACUUUAGGGUUAUGGUGAAUAGUCUUUCUUGUAACAUAAA